AUGAAAUUCACAAUACUUGUACUGUUUUUAAUAAAAUACAUUUAUUGCAAACUAUGGCCGAAAGGAGUUGUUCAUUAUACCAUAAACAAGAAAGAUUACGAUAUACACUCACAAGAUGUUAUAAUGUCAACCUUCAGUCAACUUCAGAAUGAAGUUUGCGUGAAGUUUUUUAAUAAUAACCUAAAUAGCUCUACUACCGAAAUAGAUAAAAUAUUGUACAUAAGUAAUCCUUACAAGAGUAAACACUGUCCUCCACGACAUUACGAUUACACGAAGAGUGUCGUGGAUAUGCCUAUUGGCUACAAAUGUAUUGAUCAGAAGGAAAUUGCUAAAGUUGUUGUGGACAUGCUCAGAGCAAGCAUCGAUCCCAAUGACUCGCCAAUAAAUAGUUACGAUUUAAUUAAGAAAUUUAAAGAGAAGGAGGACCGCACUCUUCCUUCUCUACUCACCCCCACAGAUCGUAACUACAUAAAUGCCCAUUACCACUUCGAGUGUGGCGCCCUCUCUGAGAGACCAGCGUUGUCUCGACGUACUGGCCAGGAUGACGCGGAGUUUUUAGAAAUAACUGCAGCCAAUGUCGAUUACUAUGAGAACAAGUUAUGGCCGCUGGGUAUAGUUAUGUAUGGACUCGAGGAGAAAUAUAGUAAGUUAUCUUUGUAUUUGCUAGGCAUUAGACACGCCAUGGCAUCCAUUGAGCUAUCGACCUGCGUGGUCUUCCAAGAGAUCACCCCUGAUGAUGUACUGACUCCGAAGAACCUGCUUUGGUUCGGCAGUGAAGGAGAAGACAUGCCGAACCUUGGGUUUAUGAGUGGAAACCAGACAAUCAGAUUGGAAUCUAUGUCCCAAGGCGCUCCUGGACACACAGCGCACGCACUGAACAUGUUGACGCGUGUUCUGGGCGUCCCCAUGAUGUCCAACCGGUUCGACAGAGACAACUAUGUGGUUAUCAACUGGAAACGUGUCGAAAAAGGGAAAGAGCAUUAUUUGGAGAAGACUCCUAUAGCGGCUUGGCUGCAACAAAUACCGUACGACUUUGCUAGCGCUACACACGCCCCCGCCAACUAUUUGUGUGGUAGCUGCUCUGAAACAUCCCCGUACACUGUGGAACCUUUGCAGGACCACCUGUGGCAAAAGACCUUGUCUAUGGGUCAUAGAAUUGACCUGAGCGAGACAGAUAGACACGUAAUCAAUAUCUUAUACGGGAGACAGUGUCAAUAUAGAUAUUUGGCCAAGAAUUAA